UUUAAGCAAUUUAGAUUAUCAGAAUCAGGUAGGUUCAGAUGUACUACAACAUGGCUGUCUUCUCUCCAGUCAUAUUCUUAGAAAUAUUUCUUUAAUAUCUUUCCUCUUGUUUGCUGAGACCCAGCCUUCUGAGCAGUGCCAUGGGCAUGCCUCCACUGCAGAGCAUUCAAGGCCAGAUCAGAAGCUCGCCUUGCCUCCUCCAAGAGAACUAGCUGGGGAACACCAGGAAUCCCUCAUAAACCUGCAUCGUCAUGUCAUUCAGUGCCACAAUUUUGUUCUCCCCUCCCAACACCAAAGAAGCAAAAUGCUGCUGCUGCACCUGCAAGCAGGAGCCGGGGGCUCAGACGACUACGCCGCCACCGCCACCAUCUUCAUCAAGCACCCCGAUCACGGUUACAGGCACUGGGCUAGCAGUACAGUCUUCAGAGCAACUGCUCCAUGUCAUCUAUCAACGUGUAGAGAAGGCAGUGGGCCUUGCUGAGGUGGCGCUGAGCCUGGCCAAGGCCAAUAAUGAAGCCCUGAGGCGGCUGGAGGAGGAAAUGGGGACACUGCGCCGAAGGACGGCCCCCGUCCUCAAAGCCAGCCCCUUGAGUGGUCCUGAGGAGCGGCAAGAGGACAAUGAAGAGCAGAAUGAGGAGGAACAAGAGGCUGAAGGCUUCAGAAGUGGCGUCCAGGUGGUCAUUGAAGAACUGCGGCAGCUGGGAGCAGCGGCAGGGCCACCUGGACACUUGGGUUUCUCGCCUGUGCAUCUGGGGCCUGGGGGGCUUGGCGGGGGCGCAGAAGAAUCACCCGCAGUAGAUGUCUCCAUUCAAAGGGUCUAUGCCACACCACCUUCCCCCUCCUCUCAGCCUCUGGAUGAUCCUUCUCUCUCCUGCCCAGAGGUAUCCCCCAACAGCAUCACCUUGGAGGACAACAUGCGCGGGGAGCCACGUUUCUCUUUGGGCUUUGCAAGUCUUCCUUGUAGAAACCGAAGCAUGGGACAGAAGAAUGCAAGGCGCAAGAGGGACUUGGUGCUCUCGAAACUGGUCCAUAAUGUCCACAACCACAUCACCAAUGACAAGAGGUUUGAUGGCUCUGAGAGCAUUAAAUCUUCAUGGAAUAUCUCUGUAGUGAAAUUCUUGCUGGAGAAACUCAAGCAUGAAUUGGUAUCAAAUCACCACAAUUAUACUGACAAAGAACUAAAAGGUGCUUGUGUGGCCUACUUUCUAACCAAACGACGUGAGUAUCGCAACUCUCUCAAUCCCUUCAAAGGACUCAAGGAGAAGGAGGAGAAGAAACUACGAAGUAGACGCUACCGGCUUUUUGCAAAUCGUUCAGGGGUGGCGCGUCUGCUGGGCCCUGAAGAGCAGCGUUUGUGGCAAGGUGUGACAGAGGAGCUCAUGUCAGACGAGGAAGACAGCCUAAGUGAGCCAGGUGUGUGGGUGGCACGCCCCCCACGAUUCCGCGCUACCCCUCUCACUCAGCUUUGCUACCGACUUGAUGCCAACUCAAAGCAUGGCACCAAAGCUAACCGGGUUUAUGGGUCGCCCUCUGACCGCCUGCCCUCCGCUGAAGCUCAGCUUUUGCCCUUGCACCUCUUCAACCCCCAUUUUCAAGAGGAAGGAGCCAGGGCGGGCACACCGCCUAGGCCACCCAGCCACAAAGGCUUUUGUCCUGACCUCAGCUCAUUCGUUGAGAUCAAAGUGGAAAAGGAUGAGUGACCUGAGAAUGCUGAUCGUGUUUAAUAUGGCAGCCAAAAGGAAGACAAGGAGAGAAUACAGGAUCACCACCAGCUGAACUCAGUAUCUUCCCGAAGAGGAGGGAAGCAAAUUGUCUGCCAUGCGCCAGGUUGCGUUUGUGGGCUGAGACGCAUCUUCGCUCCAUAAGGAGCCAUUACUUCUAGGUCAUGAUGGAGAAGAAAUGGAGGAUAGAGAGGGACACCACUGGGAAAAGGAGCCCUUCACAAAGAUGUGGCUGUUUGGUCUAUACCCAACAGGUUGAUGGUGUGAACAUGAAGAGAGUACAAUGUUGCAAAGGGAAUUAAGUCUUUUCUGAGCCUUCAAUAAAGGCAACCUUGAAACAAAAGUAGGAAUUUCCGUAAAAACUGACUACAUUGUGGACUGGGUGGAUCAGAAACUUUGGAGAACCUUUCACAGUGCAAAACUACUCUCAGUUAUACUAAUAGUGGCACAAAAAAUAUAUAUGUCUGAGACAUUUUCUGAAAUUAUGGGGAUUGCUCAUUGCUUAGUGAAAUGCUUUUGGGACCACAAGAGUUAAGAGAACACUUAAGAGUGCCUCUUGGUUGACUUUUCAUUGAUAGCAUUGCUUUUAAAUCAGAAACAUUUAGUGAUACCAAGUUGACUGUUCUCACCUGUAUCUGUGUAAACAUUAGGCAGGUGUGUAUUUUAUUCCUUCAUAAACCGCCCUCCUCCUUGCAGAGUUCCUAUUCCUCCCUCUUAUUUGCAGGAAGAGUAAAAAUCUUGUGUAAGAACGUGAAGAAGAGCUAAGAAACAACACUCCUGGUUUUUAUUAUUUCAUUGUUGUGAUAACUUACCCUUUGCUAGGUUUCAGGAAUGGCUCUCUAUUGUCAAACUCCAAGUCCCCUACAACAGGAGAGAGAAAAAAUAUCUCUGGCUUUUACCAGCGGUAAAACACCAGGCUUUUUGUU